AUGUCAGUCUCAUCGGCAUUGAAGGGUGAUGCGGGUCAACAGGCUAGAUCACUGUACCGCCAGUUAUUACGGCAAGGCGAACAAUUCGCCGCCUAUAAUUUUCGAGAAUAUGCCAAGCGCCGCACGCGCGAUGCGUUUCGAGAGCACAAGGGCGUGCAGGAUGAGAGGCAGCGGCAGGAGUUGAUGCAGAAGGGGUUGAAGGACUUACAGAGCAUGAAGAGACAAACUGUCGUCAGUCAGUUCUUCCAGCUCGAUCGCUUAGUAGUCGAAGGCGGGAAAUCAGGCAAACAAGGUGGACGAAGGAACGAUAUAGUUAGACAGAAGGAUACCGGAUGGGACUGA